AAGAGCUGAGUCUUUGCACUCUGUGGAAGAAAGCAAAGCAAAGUGAAAACAAUGUAUUGGCUUAAACGCACAUUUUCCAAGAGUUUCACAAAUCCAAACACUUCAACAGAAUCCAAUUCCACACAACAAUCACAAGAACAUGAACAUCAUGGGAUUACCGACGAACUCAUAAACCACGUCAAAUCAUUCACCAUUGACACCUUCAAAAAUUUCCCUCUCAAAGAUGAAGAUGAAUCCAGUUAUAGUGAGGAAGUACAAUCUGAUUCAACAAGAGUUCGAAAGGAUCUUUCUCAGUGGCAAGAGAGGCAUGCAGUUCUCAUACUCUCAAGAGUAAAGGAAAUGUCGCAACUGAGAUAUGUACUGUGUCCACGCCAUUUGAAGGACAAUCAAUUCUGGACAAUAUACUUUGCACUUGCCAGGAGCCAUCUUGCCCCAUAUGAGCUACGUGCCAUACAACAAGAGAAACUCAAACAGAUGGCAAUGGAAGAAGAUAAAUCUUCAGAAAACCACCCGUACGAAAUUGAAAUGGCAGAAGCAAAGCACGGGAACUCCGUAGAGCCUUUAGCACCCCCGUAGUAGGAAAAACACAUGCAAUGAUUGGUCGUUUGAAUAUAACAGCAGUCAAUGGCGGUGACAAAGUCCUUAGCUCUAAAAGCAGCAUCUCCAUGCUUCUUCAAAUUCAAGGUCUCUUGCAUUUGACUAGUCCACAACUGAAAGGAAAGCUGCAGUUUCAACAUUCAAACAUUGGAGUUAGUAGCACAAAGUUAGAGAGAAAAGUGUGUAAAACAAAGUUGAUAUUCCUCUAUUUCAUUUUGUGUAUUCAAGUUUGACAGAAAACCUCAUUGGCAAUUCCUUCAUCAUCCUUGUAACCAGUCUUCUCUAAUAUUGCAUGUAUGGCAGUAAGAUCCAAUCUCAAGCAUGAUUCACCAAAAGAUGUCAAUGACAAUGGUUUUGUAGAUGUUUCUGUUUCAUGCUGGAGACCCAUCAGAACAUGUGAUGGCACCUGUUCAAGUACUAUCCAAAUUAAAUGAGAGAUCAUAAUUUUCCUAA